AAUACAUACUACCUACUACAUAAUGUAUGUACUAGCUGAGAAGGAACCAGGAACCACAGUGGGACUUCUGUGAAAGCUGUGCGGCGAAAAGUAUUACAUUAGGGUAGGUACCUAUUCGACGUAGGAAGCAGCAUUACAGCAUACUAUGUAACCAGUGGAACGAAGGAUUACCCUGCUCGGUCAACCUUCUAGACCACUUUUUACCUAACAAGAACAAUCGAUAGGCGUAGCGUCCUGUUGAAUGUCGGUAGCAAGGCAAAUCGCGACUGUAACAUAACAAUUCAUAAUCUUACCUUACUUAUUUCUACUCCCCAUCUUCUCGAGUUCUACAUGUAGCUUCCUCAGAUUCUAGUUUCUCUCGUCUCAUCGGCUUGUUUGUGCUUGAAGUAUAUGUUUCCGCUUCCGUCUCCGUGCCUUCAUGCUGCUCUCGGCCGCGUCAUAACGUCAUACCUCCCCGUUACAUGUGCGACCGUUUAAGAUUAAACGACUAACCUAGCUGUUAAACUCACGCUCACACCCCGUUCUACUCAACACUCGCCUAGUUCUUCUAGUUUAUACAGUAUCUGCCAAUUCGUAGAUCCUUCAAUAUGAAGGCAGAGUACUCGGACGAGCCGUUGACCUACGACACCCACGAGACCGCCAUACCCACUGGAUGGUCAGCUUGGUUCGGUGGCCCCAAUGUUAAGAUAGGCCCUCGUAUCGCUCCUCGGAUAACGCCAGUCAGCGACGAUGUUCACGAUUCCUCCAGCAAUCUCAGUAGCGAUGCAAUCCUUAACAAGCAGCUUGAAGAAGAGGUCGGCCAUGCUAUUCAGUAUCGUACUUGUAGCUGGCAAAAGACGGCCGCAUUAUUAUUCUCCGAAUAUAUCUGUCUAGCAAUUAUGAGUUUUCCAUGGUCGUACAGCGUCCUCGGGCUCGUCCCAGGGCUUAUUCUCACUGUGGUUCAAGCUCUUAUAGUAUUAUAUACUUCUAUUGUCUUAUGGGAAUUCUGUCUUCGACAUCCCGAAGUUAGGGAUGUAUGUGAUAUCGGUCAGAUGCUCUUCUGGGGCCAAAAAUGGGCCUGGUAUUUCACAGCUUUCAUGUUUAUCUUAAACAACACCUUCAUUCAGGGUCUCCACGUCCUCGUUGGUGCCAAAUAUCUUAAUACCAUGGUUGGCCCGAACGCUGGCAUCUCCUGCCAGACUGUAUCUUUCGGUGCCAUUGUUGCUGUUAUUUGCUGGCUGUCGUCGCUGCCUCGCACCUUUAGCAUGCUUUCGAAGCUUGGUACUGCAUCGGCGGCGUUCACGUUCGUCUCGGUCAUCCUUGCUACAAUAUUUGCCGGUAUUCAGGACCAUCCGGCGGGCUUCAAUGCAGAACCGGCCACCAGCCCUGCUACUGGCGUAGCAUUGCCCUUCGGCAAUCCAAUUGUCACAGCUGUUCCUAUCCUAGGUACUACGUUUGUCUCCGGCCUAGGAGCUUUUCUUAAUAUUAGCUAUACUUUCAUCGGGCAGAUUACACUUCCUAGUUUCAUUGCCGAGAUGCGUGAGCCGAAAGACUUUCCCAAGGCUCUUUGGGCAUGUACGAUUCUAGAGAUUAUCGUCUUUAGCGUCGUUGGCGCAGUCACAUAUGCGUUUGUAGGCAAUCAGUAUAUGACCUCGCCAGCUUUUGGAUCCUUGAUUCCACUGUACAAGAAGGUCGCUUUCUCAUUUAUGAUCCCUACGAUCAUAUUUUUGGGCGUCUUGUAUGCUUCGGUCUCAGCUCGAUUCAUCUUCUUUCGGAUUUUCCAGAACUCGCACCACAAGAAUGAACACACUCUCGUUGGUUGGGGUACUUGGGCUUUGAUUCUACUCGCCACCUGGGUUCUUGCUUUCGUGAUCGCUAACUCGAUCCCAUUCUUCAACUCUCUUCUCGCCCUCAUGUCCUCAUUGUUUGAUUCAUUCUUUGGUUUCAUUUUCUGGGGUCUUGCCUAUUUCCGCAUGCGGAAAGCCGAUGGUGCUGUCGCAUUGCUCAAGGACCGUUCAUUCCGUGGGUGGUUUGAGGGUAUCCUUAACAUUAUCAUUAUCUUGACCGGUAUUUUCUUCUUAUCGGCUGGAACAUACGCAAGUGUCCAGGGCAUUUUAGACGAGUUUGCUCUGGGUACAGUCGGAACCGCAUUUCAAUGCGCGAGUAAUGGCAUUUGAAGAAGCAUUUACAUGUUCAUAUAUUUCUAAACAAAAUAACAGGCGAUACCCACGGACGAAUAUACGUUUGAGCACGACGAUAUAAUGUAGGAAUAUUGCCAUAGGUUGGAGGGUGAUGGAUAUACACAGAAGUUUGGUUGAUGUUUAGACUGCUGCGGUCACCCUAUUAAGACCCUGCAGUUCGAAUAGAAUAGGGAUUAGCAUUAUUACAGAGCUAUCUCUGGGAAUGCAGGGGGUUUCGGCAUAUCUUGGGGAGCUUUGAAGAGCAUAAUAUAUCUACAACUAUGGCUACUCCCUGGCAUUUCUUAGCUAUAGUUGCAAUUCUUAGGCUUACACAUUCUAUAAUCGAGCUGACUUUGUUAUAGGUAUCUAUCCUUGCCUAGCAUUUUAUUAGGCGCACGCUGAUUUGCCGGCGGAAGCAUUACUAUCUAGGUGAGUUUCACAAUUAAUAAUUAAGGCAUAUAAUGGAAGCCAAUUAGGCUGCUUCGAGAGUACACACAUAAAUUGUAUAACUAGCAUUAUAUUGUGUAGCCA